AUGAUGUCCAGUGAUUAUGAGAAACGUAAACAAAUUUCAGUUCAUGGAAUUGCUGAAGUUGAAAAUGUUUCUAAUAUUAAAAAUUCUUUUAAUAGACAUCUUCAUUUCUCAAUUAUUAAGGAUCGUAAUAUUGCUACAAUGAGAGAUUAUUAUAAUUCUUUAGCUCUUACUGUUAGAGAUCAUCUUGUUUCAAGAUGGAUUCGUACACAACAAUAUUAUUAUGAAAAUGAUCCAAAAAGAGUUUAUUAUUUUUCAUUAGAAUUUUAUAUGGGAAGAACACUUUCAAAUACUAUGAUAAAUCUUGGUGUUAAAAGUGCUUGUGAUGAAGCUUUAUAUCAAAUGGGAUUAGAUAUUGAAGAAUUAGAAGACAUAGAAGAAGAUGCAGGAUUAGGAAAUGGUGGUCUUGGAAGAUUAGCAGCCUGUUUUCUUGACUCUAUGGCUACAUUAGGUAUUCCUGCCUGUGGUUAUGGAUUAAGAUAUGAAUAUGGUAUUUUUAAUCAAACUAUAUGUGAUGGAUGGCAAGUUGAGGAACCUGAUAAUUGGCUUCGUUUUGAAAAUCCAUGGGAAAAAGCUAGACCUGAAUAUAUGAUUCCUGUCAAUUUUUAUGGAAGAGUAGUAAAAAAUGAAGAUGGAAAAUCAGAAUGGGUUGAUACUAAAUUAGUUUUUGCAAUGCCAUACGAUACUCCAAUUCCAGGAUAUCAUAACAAUGUUGUUAAUACUCUUCGUUUAUGGUCAGCAAAAGCAGAAAAUCGUUUUUAUUUAAAAUUUUUCAAUGAUGGAGAUUAUUUAAAAGCUGUUAUGGAUAGAAAUAUUUCAGAAAAUAUUACACGUGUCCUUUACCCAAAUGACAAUCAAUUUUCUGGAAAAGAAUUAAGACUUCAACAACAAUAUUUCUUAGUAGCUGCAUCAUUACAAGAUAUUAUACGUAGAUUUAAAAGUUCAAAGUAUGGUUGUCGUGAUGCUGUUCGUAGUGAUUUUUCAAAUUUUUCUAAUAAGGUUGCCAUACAACUUAAUGACACACAUCCAUCAAUUGGAAUUCCAGAAUUAAUAAGACUUCUUGUUGAUGUUGAAGGUCUUGAAAUGAAUGAAGCUUGGGAUAUUUGUGUUAAAACAUAUGCAUACACUAAUCAUACUCUUCUUCCAGAAGCAUUAGAAAGAUGGCCAAUUAGUUUAAUGGAACAUCUUUUACCAAGACAUUUAGAAAUAAUCUAUGAAAUUAAUCAAAAAUUUAUGGAUGAAGUUGCACAAAGAUAUCCAGGAGAUUUUGAUCGUAUGAGAAGAAUGUCAAUUAUUGAAGAAAGUGAUGGAGUUCAUGAAAAAAGAGUAAAUAUGGCACAUCUUUGUAUUGUUUCAUCUCAUACUGUCAAUGGAGUUGCUGCACUUCAUUCAGAAUUAUUAAAAAAUGAAACAUUUAAAGAUUUUAAUGAAUUUUAUCCAGGUAAAUUUCAAAAUAAAACAAAUGGAAUAACACCAAGAAGAUGGCUUCUUUUGUCUAAUCCUUCACUCUCAGAAUUAAUUUCUGAAAAAAUUGGUGAUUCAUGGAUUACAAAACUUGAUGAACUUCAAAAAUUAAAAGAAUAUGCCAAUAAUAGUGGGUUUUUAAAUUCUUUAAUGAAAAUUAAAAAUGAUAAUAAACAACGUCUUGCUGAAUGGUUAUUACAAGAAUAUGGUAUUAAAGUUAAUCCAUAUUCAAUUUUUGAUAUCCAUGUUAAAAGAAUGCAUGAAUAUAAACGUCAACUUUUAAAUGUCCUUCAUGUUAUUACUUUAUAUAACCAAAUCAAAAAAAAUCCAUCCAUAAAAAUUACUCCUCGUACUAUUAUGUUUGGUGGAAAAGCUGCUCCUGGUUAUCAUAUGGCUAAACAAAUUAUAAAACUUAUUAAUUCUGUAGCUGAAGUAGUAAACAAUGAUCCAAUUGUAGGUGAUAAAUUAAAAGUUGUUUUUCUUGAAAAUUAUCGUGUAUCAUUGGCUGAAAAAAUUAUUCCUGCUGCUGAUUUAUCUGAACAAAUUUCGACUGCUGGAACUGAAGCUUCCGGUACAGGAAAUAUGAAAUUUAUGUUAAAUGGGGCAUUGACUAUUGGAACAUUAGAUGGUGCUAAUGUUGAGAUGGCUGAGGAAAUGGGAAGAGAAAACAUCUUUAUUUUUGGAAUGGAUGUUGAUGAAGUAAAAGCACUUGAAAAAAAAGGAUAUAAUUCAAUGGACUUUAUUGAAGAAAAUGAAGAAUUAAAAGAAAUAGUAGAUCAAAUUGAAAAUGGUUACUUUACACCUGAUGAACCAAGUCUUUUAAAGGAUGUUUCUAAUAGUCUUAAGUAUCAUGAUAGAUUCCUUGUAUGUGCUGAUUAUGAAAGUUACAUUAAGUGUCAACAAGAAGUUAGUAAAGUUUAUGAGGAUAAAGAAAGAUGGGCUAAGAUGGCACUUUACAAUAUUGCUACAUCUGGUAAAUUUUCAACUGAUAGAACAAUCUCUGAAUAUGCCACUGAAAUUUGGGGAAUAACUCCUGGUGAAAUAGAACUUCCAGCUCCUUAUGAAAAAAAGAAUGAAUUUUAA